CACUCACCCAAGGUCGGACCCUGAAAAUCGGCAUACAUCAUUCAAGUGACCUCUCUAGCAUGACGAGUAAUCCUGUGGCUCGUAAAAUUCAUCAAUCUCGAAGAAACAUCAAGGACUAUCGAGCUGGAUCCACUCAAUAGCAAAUUUCUGGUUAAGACUACUGCUCUCUUUCGAUCCAUGCAAGGGCUACAAGAUCUGCGCAGUGGAUCCGCCAUCUUAUGUUUCAAGUGUGCGAGUUUGCCCCGAUCUUGAGCUUGACUGGCCGCCCGAAAAGCUCGCAUAUACUGUAGAUGACGGCAUUGGCAUCGGUGUUAUAAACACGUCUGCAAAUCUAGCGAAGCACAUAAUUUGGCGGCUACGCAUCCCGUGUGUUUCUUCUCAUUCCUUGUUCUGUACCAAGCGAUUGAUCCGCAAGUGACUAUCCCAACACCAAGACCACUUUGUAAUAUCGUCCCAGAGUUGACGCAAGACACGUCGAUCAAUGGACCACUCCCGAACAUCGCAUGGCAGUGUAAAGCUCACCAGCAGUGAUGGCUGGUGAAUCGGACGAUCGAGUUGCUGAAUCUCCAAGCCUAACGCGGUCGUCCGUCCUAGGCCAGAGUGCAUUUUGCGUCCGGAGGGCAUGCUCCCAGGGCAAGCCGGCAUGUACAAUCCAGUCUGAUUUCGAUUAUACUAACGUACUGUGUAGGGGGGUCUCUAAUCGUACAGCUCGCAAAGCACGACCGCCUGGAGGUUAACGUCCCCGCUGUUGCAGACCGCAAGGUUCUGUUCGCUCAGAAAUGCUGGCGUCCCGUUCAACUGCAAUAUGACGGACGUCAGGACUGGGUAGAACGAUGUAGGAGGGAUGAACAAGUGUCUCUCCUCCUGUAUCUACUAUCAUUUCAUCUAGAAGAUUGACUAUGUCAUAGAUAUCUGGGACAGCGUCGAUGGUGAUAUGACUGAUGCGCUCAUGAGUGUCAACGCACAUGCUCGUCUCAUGGCGUGCAGACACCUCGGUUUGUUUACUAAUGCUACCGAGCCCGGGGCCAUCAAGGUGCUGAGUGACAUCCGCUCUUUCCAGCGAUGUCAAUUCCCUUCAAAAAGGUCAACUGAAAGGAGACAAUACGCGGAAGGCAGCCGCGCCGGAGGACCAGUCCGCUUGAGUGGCAUUGAAGGCACUUGGGUUGGUCAUCAUUAAUGACUCAUCUGUAACUCAGACCAUUGGACUGGCGGUCUAUUGCUCACCUCAGCGAUCGCCGGACCAGCAAGAGAUUGAGCACAAUCUACGUCAGCAUCUUCGCGCGUCUUGUUCAGCGGACCUCGAGCCUUACUGGCAGUGCGAUUUUCGUGCUGCCAGCAUCUUGAUUCUGGGUCCUCUGUUACAUCUUGCAGAUGUCUUCCACUCCGCUCGUCUUCUCUAUUCCCCGAAAGCGGGGAAUACCUCUGACGCAAGGAAUACCUCGCAUCCCCAGCAUUAGGGUCAUCGUCCUGCUCCCAUGGUUGGAUGCCAAAGCAUCACAUCUCAAGUAUUACACGUCGAAAUACGCGUCCCUUUAUCCGAGCGCGACGCAGAUUGUCAUCCAGUCUGACUACAAGGCUCUCAUUGGUGGUACAGCUUUCAACGCUGAACGGCUUGCGCCCGCUGUCGAAAUCUUGACUCAGCUCGGUGUUCUGAGUGCUGCUCCCCCACCCAUCUUAUUCCACGCCAUGUCCGGAGGUGGAGUAGCCCAGCUUCUCCACCUCGCCAUCGCCAUCCGCCGACAUCAUCUCCCAAAUGUCCCGCCCUCACAUCAAGUGCCCGUCGCCUUCGUCUUCGAUUCAGGACCAAGCACAUACCACGGCUCUGACCUCCGCAACGCCAUGACGAUGACCUACCCACCCGGCGUUCAGAAAGCCGCCGUUUUCAUGACGGCGCAGCUCCUCUGGACUGAUUUGUGCGCUCGCGCUGCCCUAGGUCUGGCAGAACUUCCGCAGGACGUGGUUCUGCCCGGGGUGCUCAAUCCGACUUUAUUUCCGUGGACGGAACGUGCGACACCGCGGCUGUAUGUCUUUUCGGAUACCGACGCCAUGUCCUUGGUGCCGGGCGUGCGAGCCCACGUGCAAGAGGCGAGGGAGCGCGGGCUCAAUGUGUCGGUGGAGGAAUUCAAUGGCAGUCGGCAUGUUGGCCAUGCGUUUGCUGACCCGAAGCGAUACUGGAGUGCGGUCCAACGGGUUUGGGACGAAGCAGUGAUCGUGAAAGGUCAAAGCAAGUUGUGA